AUGACUCAUGAAGGUGACUUGAAGGUCCCAGCAGAACGGAAGACUGCAAAUUUUUAUACCUCAAUCACUAGAGCACGAUUUGCUGACCUCUUCCGCGGCACUCUUGACCCUGUAGAGAAAUCCUUGCGAGAUGCCAAUCUUGACAAGGCUCAAAUCCAUGAUAUUGUGCUGGUUGGUGGAUCCACCCGCAUUCCCAAAAUCCAGAAGUUGUUGCAAGAUUUCUUCAAUGGCAAGGAAUUGAACAAGAGCAUCAAUCCUGACGAGGCUGUUGCAUAUGGUGCAGCUGUCCAGGCGGCUAUCUUGGCUGGUGACAAGUCUGAGGCUGUGCAAGAUCUGCUGCUGUUGGAUGUUACUCCUCUGUCCCUGGGCAUCGAGACAGCUGGCGGUGUCAUGACAACAUUAAUUAAGCGUAACACCAGCAUUCCAACAAAACAAACACAAACCUUUACUACCUAUUCUGAUAACCAGCCUGGUGUGCUGAUCCAGGUGUUUGAGGGUGAGAGAGCAAUGACGAAAGAUAACAACUUGCUGGGCAAGUUUGAGCUGACUAGAAUUCCACCUGCUCCCAGGGGUGUGCCUCAAAUUGAGGUGCCUUUUGAUAUUGAUGCCAAGGGUAUCUUGAAUGUGUCUGCAGUGGACAAGAGCACCGGAAAAGAAAACAAGAUCACCAUCACAAAUGACAAAGGAGACCCGUCCAACCACCGGAGAACGUGGAUCUACAGAGAGCAGCUCACCCCUGAGACAGACCGGCCGUGUUUUACAGCUGUGGUGUGGCCCCAUCCAGACAGGGGAAUGUGGGAGACGGGUUGUCUACCCACCUCAGGCGAUGUCUCGGAAGCCCGUGUCUGCUGGGAUGGACGGAGGUAA